GUACGGAGCCGCCUUCAGCGGCCGUCACUUCCUGUCAGACAUGGCGCUCCCAGUUGGCUGUGGUGUGAGAGUCGGGGAGCGGCGGAGUAGGCCCAGCUGAGCCCGGUACACGCGAGGCAUCAUGAGUGAUAGCAGCCGGGUGGCAUACAAACCCUCGCUUGGGGAUAUUGUUAUGGUAAAGCGAGAAGUGGGAGUCAGGCCUUCCUCUGAUGAAAAAGGUUACAACCGACGCUGCUCAGCAGGUCCCAACUCUGGCAGCGCUAACCUGAAUCUCAAGCAAGAAACAGCCAUGUCUCAGAGCCUGCAGCAGGUGGAUUUCUGGUUCUGCGAGUCCUGCCAAGAGUACUUUGUGGAUGAAUGUCCGAGCCAUGGUCCCCCUGUUCUUAUUUCGGAUACUCCUGUUCCUUUUGGGACUCACAAACGAGCGGCUUUGUCAGCACCAUGUGGGAUUGAGGUGCUAAGGGACAGCCAUGGAGAGAAUGAAGUACGUUGUGUGAACAAGGUCAUUCCUAAAGGGCAAAUCUUUGGACCCUAUGAAGGACAAAUCUCCUCGCAAGACAAAUCUUCAGGUUUCUUCUCCUGGCUGAUAGUGGAUAAAGACAACCAAUACAAAUCUAUUGAUGGGACAGAUGAGGCUUGCGCCAACUGGAUGAGGUAUGUGGUGAUCUCUAGAGAGGAGAAGGAACAGAACCUGAUGGCAUUCCAGCACAGCGAGAAGAUUUAUUUCCGAGCAUGCCGGGACAUCCAGCCUGGAGAGAAGCUCCGUGUCUGGUACAGUGAUGACUACAUGAAGCGGCUACACAGCAUGUCCCAGGAGACCAUUAACAGGAACCUGAUGAAAGGAGACAAAAAGUUGCUAAGGGAAAAAAAUGAUAAUCUUUUGGAAAACCAAGAAGAUGUAAAAGGCACAUUUCCACUGUCAACACUUAAACAUGGAAAGAGCCUCUACAAACGCAGCUGUGAAGAAGGGGAUGUGCAUUCUCACACCAAGAAGAAAAAGAUAGAUCUCAUCUUUAAAGAUGUCCUUGAGGCUUCUCUGGAGUCUGCCAAGACAGAAGAUUAUUCCAUAGUGACCAGUAGCCCCAUACUAGCAAAAAAUAUUUCUAAAUACCAGUAUGAGGACCACAGUGAUAGGUGCAGAGCAAGUCAGCAGUGCUCUCCUACUCAAAGCCAAACACGAUCAUCAAGGGAAUGGAAAGUACCUCACAUAUCCAUUCUGGGUCUGGACAGGGAAGUAGGUGUGCCUGAUGAUGAGGGAGAAGACCACCUAUCCAUAAAGGCAGAGAGCCCAGCUGAAUCCUCUGCUGUAGGGGACCCUGAGGACAUCCCCACCACCUCAUUCUGCCCUAACUGUGUUCGAUUAAAAAAAAAGAUCAGGGAGCUACAAGUUGAACUGGAUAUGUUAAAGUCUGGAAAAGUCCCUGAAACAUCCCAGUUACCCCCUAAAAUCUCUGACAUCCCUGAGCUGUCAGAUACUUCAGCUCCAGAGAGCACCAUCAUUGCUCCCACUAUAAUAGAAGAUGAUGACCAGGAAGUGGACUCUGCUGAUGAAUCAGUCUCCAACGAAGUUGCAGCACUGGAUGAGCCAUCUAAAAUGUCGGUUGCUGCUGGCAGAAGGAUUCGACGGUUUAAGCAGGAGUGGCUUAAAAAGUUCUGGUUUCUGAGAUACUCCUCCACAUUAAAUGAAAUGUGGUGCCAUGUCUGCAGGCAGUACACUGUACAGUCCUCAAGGACAUCUGCUUUUAUUAUUGGUUCCAAGCAAUUCAAGAUACACACCAUCAAGCUCCACAGCCAAAGUAACCUCCAUAAAAAGUGCUUGCAGCUUUACAAACUCAGAAUGCACCCUGAAAAGACAGAAGAGAUGUGCAGGAAUAUGACUCUUCUCUUUAACACGGCAUACCACUUGGCUACAGAGGGCAGACCUUACUAUGACUUUAGACCUCUAGCAGAACUGCUGAGAAAGUGUGAGCUACGAGUAGUUGAUCAGUAUAUGAAUGAGAGUGAUUGUCAAAUCUUGAUCCAUCACAUUGCCAGAGCACUUCGAGAAGACUUGGUGGAACGCAUCAGACAGUCCCCAUUUCUGAGCAUUAUCUUAGAUGGUCAAAGUGAUGACCUCCCUGAUACGGUGGCUGUUUAUGUUCAGUAUACCAGUAAUGAUGGGCCACCUGCAACAGAGUUCCUGUCUCUGCAGGAGUUAGGCUUGCCUACAACAGAGAAUUAUCUUCAAGGAAUUGACAGAGCAUUUUCAGCUCUUGGAAUAAGAAUGCAGGACGAGAGACCAACAGUAGGUUUGGGUAUUGAUGGAGCCAACAUCACUGCAGGACUCAGAGCAAAUAUCUAUAUGACAAUCAGGAAAACCUUACCUUGGUUACUGUGCUUACCUUUCAUGGUACAUCGUCCUCAUUUAGAAAUAUUGGAUGCAAUUAGUGGGAAAGAACUCCCAUGCUUAGAAGAGUUAGAAAAUAAUUUGAAGCAGCUGCUUAGUUUUUAUCGGUACUCUCCUCGUCUGAUGUGUGAACUACGACUCACUGCUGCAACCCUUUGUGAGGAGACUGAAUUCCUUGGUGACAUCCGAGCUGUGAAAUGGAUCAUUGGGGAGCAGAAUGUCCUAAAUGCCCUGAUUAAAGACUACCUAGAAGUAGUGGCUCACCUAAAAGAUGUCAGUGGCCAGACACAAAGAGCAGAUGCCUCGGCAAUAGCUCUUGCUCUUUUACAGUUUCUUAUGGAUUAUCAAUCAAUUAAGCUCAUCUACUUCUUGCUAGAUGUGAUUGCUGUCUUGUCCCGCCUAGCAUAUGUCUUCCAAGGCGAGUACCUUCUAGUGUCUCAGGUGGAUGAGAAGGUAGAAGAAGCUAUUCAAGAAAUAAGCAGGCUAGUGCAUUCUCCUGGUGAAUACCUCCAGGAAUUUGAAGAUAAUUUCCGUGAGAGUUUCAAUGGCAUUUCCCUUAAAAAUUUACGUGUGGCAGAAGCAAAGUUUCAGUCAAUAAGAGAAAAAAUUUGCCAGAAAACCCAACUUACCCUAGCUCAACGGUUUGAUUCUCGCAGCAGAAUGUUUGUUAAAGCUUGCCAGUUGUUUGAUUUGUCUGCUUGGCCUAGGAGUGCUGAGGAGCUCAUAAGUUAUGGAGAAGAGGACAUGUUGCAAAUAUAUGAGCACUUAGAAACUAUCCCAUUAUUUCUUACUGACAUAGGCAGAGAAGGUUCUGACAGUAGGGGAAGUUUGUUAAUGGAAUGGAGAGAGCUCAAAGCAGACUAUUGCACAAAAAAUGGUUUCAAGGAUCUGAUUGGCCAUAUUUGCAAGUACAAGCAGCGUUUUCUAUUCUUAAAUAAGAUUGUUCAGAUUUUGAAGGUCCUUCCCACUUCAACAGCCUGCUGCGACAAAGGACGUAAUGCUUUGCAAAAGCUGCGUAAAAAUAAUCGCUCCCGACUAACUCUAGAUCAACUCAGUGAUCUUCUUACUAUAGCAGUCAAUGGUCCUCCUAUUGCCAGUUUUGAUGCCAAGAGAGCUCUGGACAGUUGGUUUGAGGAGAAAUCUGGUAACAGCUACUCACUGUCUACAGAUGUACUCAGUAGGAUGUCAUCACUCGACCAUAAACCAGCGCUGCAAAAUAUGGUGACUGGUUCAGAAUAUUACCAAGAUAUUUAGGAUGCUGCAGUCCUGGAACUGUGGAAAAUGUUUUUCUAUCUAUACACUUAAGUUUUUGAUAUAUUAUAAAAUUAAAUAUAUAUUAUAUAUAAAUAUAUAUAAAUAUAUAAAAUAGAUACAUGAAUCCCACUAGAAUGGCAGACGACUGAGCCUGGUUACUGUCACAAAAGGCAAUAGCUUUCUCACCUCAUGUACAGCAGCUGGUAUUAGGAGCACAGUUUGCUUACGACCAGGGCGCUCCCAUAGCACAUCUACCGCAACAGAUUUAUUUACUAAACUCCACAUCUUUCAUUUCUGUGGUGUUUCUAAACCAGGACAAACACAACGUUUGGGCCCAGUCAGCCCCAGUAACCAGUGAGGAUUUUUAUUAUUUAAGCUAAUUAUUUUUAAAAUUUGUAUUAUUUUUCUGAAUAUGUUUAACUGUGCUCAAUGAAAUAAUGAUCUGUGAUUGCAUUUUUAAUGCAGUCAUCACUGAUGGGGUUAAAGUAUUUGUUUGGGAUGUAUUGUGAGGCCGUUACUAUACACUGUACAGCUUCUCCUGUUUUUCUAAUUCAGUCAUGGUUUUAUUUUUAUCAUUUUGUUGUGAUGUUUUUGAAUAAUUUCUAUGCACACGUGUUUGUCCUUUCUUUUUAUAUUAUGUCUGUUUUCCAAACAAGAGAAUUGUGAAACUCCUGUUUUUUUGUCUUUUACCCUUUAAAGAAGACUGUGCCUAAUGGAUUUUUUUUUAUUAUUUUUUUCAAACCUCCUCAUUUUAUUUACCAAAAGAGUAUAAGCUAGAUGUUAUUGAACUAACCCAUGAAGGCUGAUGGCACAUUUUAUAAACUAAGUAUAUAUAUAUAUAUACACAUCAAAAUAGAGCUGGAAAAAUCCACUACUUACAUAUCCCACACUAAUAAUAAAUUCCAGUGGGCCGGUAGGAUUUUGCCAUCUUGAACAUUGAAUUGACUAAUACCUUUAAAACCUUUGCUAUUUUGACAGUACCUUUUCAUUUAAUCGCAAAUUAUAAUGAUAUUUUUCAGCUCUAUAGGUGUGUGUGUUUAUAUAUAUAUAUAUAUUAUGACCUUUUUUAACCCUACACAAGCUGAGCAGUUGAUCAAAUUCUUGUGAAGAAGGAUAAUGUGACAGCUAUGUCCAUCUUUGCUUUCUGCCUUGCGCAACACUCAGUUUUUAGUAAGAUUUAGCAGAGCACUGUCUACCUUUUAAUAUAACUAUACUUAUUAUUUAAUGUUUUAGUUAGAACAUACCCAAACAGUACAAAGCUGAAUGGAUUGAAAUAUGCAUGCAAGAAGAUAUUGGAAACACACUUUCAUUGUAUUUAUGUUUUUUUAUUUGUAAAAUGUAUUUGCCAAUUGAAAACGGCUGGGAACAUUAUUCUUGGUUUUUAUCCCUUCUUACUUUGUUAGCUCUACACAGUUUACAGUAUUGAAUAAUUUUAUUUCAGACCUGUAUCAUAAUCACACCUUUUGUUCUGCACAAUGUCAUUAGUGAUAAGCUAUGUUUGUGCUUUUUGUUAAUACAAACAUAUUAACUGUU